ACUCACCAGCACUCCAAGCCCACCGCAUCGUACGGUCUCGCUCAUCCACUUCGUCUCCCACUCCCACUCCCGCUCCGCCCCUGCCGCCGCCUCUUCUUCCUCCUCCGCCGCCGCCCCGCCACAAGACGGGUCACGCCCACGCCAAGUCCGAGUGUUGGACUCGCGCUUCUUCUUAUUCCUCCUCUCCUCGAUCCUCCUCUUCCUUCCACUUCCUGCCAAGCCUUCCAAUUUUCCAGCCUAUCCCGCAAGAGUGGUCACGCUGUCACAUCAAGCAUAGACGACAGGAGUCUGUGCAGUUGAAUUGAAGAGGCUCAGUCAGUCAGGAUGCAAUCCGCUCACGCCUCGCAGCUGUUUCAGACCUCGUCGUCCCUCGCGACAGGGAAGCGCAGAGCUGCCAAGGCUAGCGGGAGCGCAGCGAAGAGAGGUCGACCUAUCUAUCUAGGCAGAAGACAGAAGGAUGCUGAAGAUCUCAAGCUAGGUGGAGCAGGCAGUGAUGCGGGGAGGGAAAAGGUACUGGAUGCCCUUGUUGACGGGGGUGGGAGGGUCUGGACUGCGGAGAGUGGGGGGGUGGUGAGGGGUACGGAUCUGCAAACCGGUCGCACCACUCACCUCCUCCUCGCGCACAAGGCGCCUGUAUGCUCUCUGGCCCUCAUCAGCCCAACGCUCCUCGCAAGCGCAGGAUGGGACAAGGUAAUUCAUUUCUGGCCAAUCUCCCCCACGCCUUCCACCUCGAAUGGCAAUACCUCCACCUCAGCACCGCAUCGCCCGCAACCCCUGUACACGAUCUCAAACGCCUCCGAAGACUUCAUCAAAGCCCUGCACUACCUCCCCUCCCAGCAAGUCCUCCUCAGCGGAGGAGCAGAUCGCUCCGUCCGUGCCUGGCGCCUCGCAGGUCUCGAAUCAGCACUUCAAACUCGUAGCGCCGGUACUCUCUCUGGGUCGCACACGCGCGGCAUUACUUCGAUUACAUCUCUGGCCCGCAUAGAGGGACAGCAAGGCGUUGGAGGGAACGAGGUGGUAUACACGGCCGAUUCGAUGGGUCGGAUACUGGAGGUGCAGCUCGACUGUAGUGGAGACGAUCGAGUGCGAUUCGAGGUACUGCGCGAGCUCAGAGGCCCAGAGACGAGCGUUGCGCAACUUGUUGGUUGCUGGGGACCGCUCCAUGAGGACGAGGACGAGGACGACGAAGAGAAUGCAGCUGGAGCAGGCCCAUCACGGCGUCCUGCGUACAUCUGGGCGGCUAGCAACGAUAAGACAGCGCAGCGCUUCGAUGUCGUUGCCCCUGUUGCCAAGGCAGGCGCGACGAAGGGAGCUCCCCAGCCAAGGCACGAGCGCUCCUCCAACACGGGCGCUCUCCUCGGCCGACUCCCACCACUGGCGCCUAGUGUCAUCCUCUCGCAUCCAGACUACGUCAAGACUGUCUUGCCCCUGCCUCAGGACGCUGCAGCAGGGCGCGCAGACGUCGUAGUGACGGGAAGUGCGGAUGAGGAUCUUCGCGUCUGGCGACUCGCAGGCAAUGAAGUUGGGGCAGAGCAGCAGCUGGUGAGACGGCAGAGGGGACACUGGCAUGAGGUCGAGAAGGUGUUACUCUGGCACGGCAUCGUUGAUGAGGAUGAGGGUGAGGAGGGGAAGGAAGCCUCUUCGGCCUCCGUCGCAUCGUGGUGGGUAAUCUCCGCCGGACUCGACGGGUCCAUUCGACGCUGGAGGCUGGACGAGCUGCUCGUCGCUGGCGGGGAGGAGGAAGAGGACGAGGACAAGGUAGAAGAGGAAGUGAGCAAGCAGGCCAAUGGCUCAGAGAGCAAGAGCCCCGCUGGGGGCGGGAUGACGGCUGAAGAGGAGGCCGAAUUGGCCGAGCUGAUGAGCGAUGAGGAGUAGCAGCGAGGAGACUAUGCAGUUGAUUAAUCUAUAGAGCCACGCGUCACCGUCUA